GUUGGACGUGCAUCUAACAAGGCCUGCUAGAACACAAUGAACGGGGUCAUUUUUGUUUUCGCUGCUUUGCUUGCGGUUGUCUUCUGUGACAACCAUUUGUUCCGGAACGCUGAUGUAGAUGGAGACGAUCACCUAACAGAGACGGAGUUCGAUGCCAUCUUUGAUCAUUGGGAUACUACCGGUGAUCAGAAGGUAGACCAGUAUGAAUUCACCACGGGCUGGGAUCGUGAUGACUGGGAUGAUAACACGGAUGGUGACAAAGACCCCAGAAUAGUCUUCCAUCUGUUCGAUGUGAAUGAUGACGGUUUUAUUCAGGACGUGCCUGACCUCAGACAUCUCUUCAACACCUUCGACAACAAUGGAGAUCAGCAAAUAAGUAAAACUGAGUUCCGACAAUCUUGGGAUGGCCUGUUUGAUGACUGAAACCGUUUGUAGGCCUACACUGUACAAAGACAGCCAAGCCACUACCUUGAUCACCAUGACAGCACAGUGAUUUCAUGUCCUGCAUUGAUUGUAUAUGAAUUAAAGAUCCAGUAGAAAUACU